GAAACAUGAUCAGAGACUAGAAACAUGUUCUACUGAGUCAGUACAACUUUAUUUCCACUGUGAUAGUUAACGGUAAACUUUAUUUCCACUGAUGGUUAACGGUAAACUUUAUUUCCACUGAUGGUUAACGGUAAACUUUAUUUACACUGAUGGUUAACGGUAAACGGUCCGUUACAUCAUUAGUUCAUCUUCACUGAGUGUUAAAGACGUUUUGAGUCCUUUAGGAUCUGUUUCAAUACGUCCACAUGUCUGCAGACUUUGACUGAGGACUGAACAGUGGUAUCAGUGUUGUUAUCUGGUUUAUCACGUUUCCCAACAUGAGGCUCCCGGCCUCCCAAAGGUCCAGCGAUGAACCGAGUGUUGAUUUAGUCAGCUGUUGUUUUUAAAUGUCUCGUUAGUUUUAUCAUAUUUAGUGAAGUGUUUGGUUUUAUUGGUCAAGUUGUAGUUGAUUAAAAGUUGAUUAAUGAAAAAACCUGUUUUAAUUCUUUUAGUUUUAGUCAAUGAAUCACUUUCUUUUUUCCCUCCCGACUGUUGUUGUUGUUGACAGCGUGUUUACAUUCACAUGUUGUAUUUAAUGAACAUUAGUAAAGCUGAAUACAAAGUAAACGGAGAGUUAAAUUUAUCUUUUAACUCGAAGUGAAGCCGACUCGUCCAAACAGACAAACAGGAAGUUAAGUGUUGCCGACGGCGAUGGCUGACCUUCCCGUUAAUGUCGCUCUGAUCUAAUUGGCCGAUGUCAGACCGCAACACUCGGAGCGCUCCGAUUGGCUCGCUCUGCCUCCUGUAGCCUCGGGGCCUCAGAGAGCCAAUCGGAUUACAGCAUGACGUCUGCUCGGUCGUGAUCACAGUGUUCAGUGAGUCCCUCUCUGGUGCAGUCGGCGUCGCUUUAAGGUAAGAAAAGGUUCAUCAAUGAGCUCCUGUAGAGUCCAGCUGGUUUCUGCAGGUUUUAUCAAUAAUGACAGACGCAAUGACUCUUUAAAUCCUCUCCUUUUUAUUUUAAAGUGGAUCUCUUGAGUUUUUAUUCUUAUCCAAAUGAUGGGUGAUCAGCGCCCGUCUGUAUUAACUCCCAGAUGUUCAGACGACCAUCACUGGAUCCCUGUGAUGCUGCAGAAAACUUAAAAACAAGACUUUCCUCAGGCGGCUUCUGCAGCGUCUUUUUUCUAUGAUUUCUGAGCUGAUUUCUGGAUAUUUAUUGUGGACGCACGUCAGAGAUAACUCCAUGAAUUCACUUAGAAGUCAUAGAAAAACAGACACAGAGCGACUCCAUGGCAGCAAGAUAUUUAUGAAGAUGAGCUUGUGUCUUGCAGCCAUGGACCACAUGGACCACAUGAACCACAUGAACCACAUGAACCACAGCGCCAUGGACCACAGCAACAUGGAUCACAGCAACAUGGACCACCAUCAUAACACCUUGGCCCCGCCCACCACUGGCGGACACGACCACGGAGGAGGACGGAGUGAUGGGAGCAGUGGAGGACACGGGGGGAUGGUGAUGACUUUUUACUUUGGCUACAACAACGUGGAGCUGCUGUUCACCGGCCUGCUCAUCAACUCACCUGGAGAGAUGGCCGGGGCGUGUAUCGGCAUCUUCCUAUUGGCCGUGCUGUACGAGGGGUUGAAGAUGGGCCGUGAGACGCUGCUGCGUCGCAGUCAGGUCAACGUCCGCUACAACUCGAUGCCACUGCCGGGGUCUGAUGGGACGGUGCUGAUGGAGACACACAAGACGGUCGGGCAGCGGAUGAUAAGCCCCGCCCACUUCCUGCAGACCCUGUUGCACGUGGUUCAGGUGGUCGUCAGCUACUUCCUGAUGCUCGUCUUCAUGACCUACAACGCCUACCUCUGCAUCGCCGUGGCAGCCGGUGCCGGCAUGGGCUACUUCCUGUUCAGCUGGCGGAAGGCGGUGGUCGUUGACAUCACCGAGCACUGCCAUUAGCUAGCUUAGCUAGCGCACUAGUUGGCGAUCCGAUCGGGACGUUUGAUUUUUGCUUAUCACAAUCGCUGAGACGCUAACGAACACUUUCGCUCUAUGUUAGCACGCUAGCCAACCUUUGGAACUACAAACGCCAGAACGUUAGCACAGAAAACGAGACAAUAACCUGCACACUAAUGUCUGUAGUUGGCGAUUAAUAAAUCCGACAAGCGCUUUGUUUCUGUCAGGUUUUUUUUUUUUCGAACUAGUGCCAGCUGCGCUUAGCCAAAACGUUAGCAUACGUUAGCAUACGUAGCUUACAUAAUACACUUGUGUUGUUAGUUAGCAUUGUUAGCCGCUCGUUAGAGGAGCAUCAAUCAUAAAACAGAAUUUAAACAUUUAUUUAGAAUAUAAUUUAUUAGUGAAUAAAUGUUUUAUAAAAGUUUUCAUUUAGAUUCUUUUUU